AUGUAUUCCCAGGAUUUUGUGAACACUUGUACGGAAUACACAGCUGUAGAUGACUCAUCUUUACGAACGGAUAAAGAGCAGAAUCUUGGAAAGAUAAGAAAAAAACAUCCCGUUCCCAGCAACUUGAAAACUUCACAACGCGUUCCUUUCAAAGAUUCCAUAGAUGCGACUUUUUUCACACCAACCGAAAUUGAUGUUCUCAGAUACGAUUUGAAGGACAAACCGCCUCGGAAUGGCUGUUCAAAAGUCACAGAUCCUCGUGGAAAUUCUGAUAGAGUUCGACCUUUCAGAAGAACAUCUAACAAAAAUUCCGAAAAUUUAUCUGUAAACUUUCGUAAUUUGAUCAGAAAUAUCUCAGCAUCAAACAGCUCACCGCAAAAAAUAAAAAACAGUUCACAAUAUGCUCGCAAAGGUGUCAAGCGAAAUGUGGCAAAAAAGAACAAAUUGCGUGGUUGGGACUGUGCACAGUGUGAAAAGUACUAUGCAAAUUUGGAUUUAUCAGAUAUCGAAAUUCAAAAACGUAAAGACAAGUGUUCUCGUCACAGAUCCAACUUCAAUCCGCGAUAUUCAACUCCGCCAGGUUUCUGGAACCCGGAAUUCCCAGAUUCUCCCAAUUUCUGUGACAGCAGUGAUAAUUAA